AUGCGUGGUAUGGAGCGCUCUUUUGAUGACCCCGCUGUGGCGUUGUUACAUGAACAAGCUACUGCAUGUAAAAUUUCUCUUGAUUCUAUCGUUGACAAGAUUCCUGAAAAUCAGUCUGGGGACAGCUUCCAUGGAACCACAAAACAUGUAUGGGAUGAGGAACGCACUCGUUUCAUACUUUGGCGUAAAGAUCUGUUGGACGUAAUCGAAGAAAUACACAACCUAGACCCAGCACAAGCUAUUAGGAUCGCCAGUAGCAACUUAUCGGCAAGCUUGAGGGAUCUCGCUAGCGACUUGAUCGAGGUGCUCGCUGUUGUCGAUGGCUCUAGGCUACCGCUUGAGCAGCAGCAGGAGAACUGCGAACAGUUAGCUGCAGAAGAAGACGAUGAUGGACUAGACUCUCGGGAAUUAGUUGAAAGGCUAGAUGCUGUGUCCUCUACAAUCAAUGGCCUUACGCGGACGCUGAAACUCCAGUACAGCUAUGCCUUGAAACAUGCAGAGCAAGGCACAGCUGCUCCCUCAGAGAUGCUCCAGACAGAGGAUACUGCGUAUGCUCCUGGGGACGCAAGAACAGCUCCAGGCCGCAAAUGGAGCGGCCAACUCGUCCCAUCUAUUUCAACACCUCCUGCAGAUGCCCCGAUAGACGGCAUGAAGUGGACGCUGCCACGACUUGGACUCCAGGGGUUUGCACCAGCUGUGACACAGCGACAGAGCUCCGCCCGACAGCCAGUAUCUAUCACAGAUGUCCACAGUCAUUCACGGCAAGAUAUAUUGCCCAGAGGAUUGGUUCCGGACCAGGAAACCCAAUUUCAUGCGGAAAGUCAGCCUUCAGCUGCAAUGAAAGUUGUGCAACACACAGGAGAUUUCAAGCUCCGGCCAUCACGGUUCUUCAAAGUUGGUCGCGUUCUUACGGUGCUCUGGACUGAACCUGCUGGCGAAUCAGGUCCUUCGUCGACGACCCAAUCGUUCACAGAUGCUUACAAUGAAAGGGUGUAUGCCAAGGUUCGAAGAUUUAUCGUGGUCGCGAAACGGGAACAACAUGUACUCGCUGUGCCAGUCUUCUCAUACCAAGGGAUGGGGCCACUUGCAGCGAAACCGAGAAGCCUAGACCAUGGUAUCGUGUACAUGGGUUCAGAAGCACCGCGACCUCUGAAGAACGAAGUCAUAUUGCCCACCCCUGUUCGUGUCAUCCCUGACAAUCCAGAAGACAGACUUGCUUCCACUAGCAGGAUCAACUACGGGAAGAUAUACACGAUCGAACACAACAUCAAAUGCAGAGGUGUUGGUAUGGUUCACGCGGCAUCGAUAGCAGCAUUGCUAUCUCAACAAAACGAAGUUAUGCGGCGCGGAUACCCUUCUAUCGGUCUUGGGGGUAUAUCGGAGGAAGAGCAAGGUGCAAACAGCGCAAGAAGUGGCAUAGAUCCCCAUAUCAUUGAUGAGGGCACUGAAGAAGGCAUCGACAGCCAGGCCCACCGAUUCGAAGCGCCAGUCCCCGCGCUCCGCUCAGUAGAUGCGGAGACACGUGUAGACCGCGGGUCCGACUCUGGUUACGGCAAUUCCAGAGCAGCGACAGAAGCACGAUCGGUGGGGUCGUCCGUGGCCGAUGACAAUGGCACCCGGGUUAUCAAAGAAGUCGAUGACCUAGGCCCUGGGCACAUUCUCAGCUUCAUCGAUGAACAAAAGCUCGAGGUUCCUAGGCUCGAUCCAGACAAUCCGACUGCGGAACAACUCGAGGCGCUUUCGGACUCCAGUAUCCAGAUCCUACUUGAAAGUUUACUUUCUGAGCAGCAAAGGAGGCUUUGA